UGAUCGGAGCUCGAGCUGGGCAUGGCGGACGAGGGCGCGGGGGCAUACGAGGACCUGCUGCCGGUGAUGGCGGGGCGGCUGGGCACGGCGGGGCUGCUGUCGGAGCUGCGGGCGGGGUUCCGGCUGCUGGCCGACCCGGCGCGGGGCGCCAUCACGGCCGAGAGCCUGCGGCGCAGCGCGGGGGCGGUGCUGGGCGUGGAGGGGAUGACGGCGGAGGAGGCGCGGGCGAUGGUGGGCGAGGGCGACCACGACGGCGACGGCGCGCUCAGCGAGCAGGAGUUUUGCGUGCUCAUGGUGCGGCUCAGCCCCGGCAUCAUGGCCGACGCCGAGGGCUGGCUCGAGGAGGCCAUCGCCGACGAGCUGGUCCCGCCGCCGCCGCCGCCCGCGCCGGCCGCCUGAGCCGUCACCUGCAUAGCUAGCCAUCUCGAUUGUUAUGUACUACUACUUGCAUCGCUACUGACUCUGUAUGUUUGUUGUAUCGCCGCCGUGUAGUCGCCGUUGUUGUUUGAGUACUUACAUGGUGAUGCUCUUUGAGGCUUCGAGCUAGACUUGACCAUGGGCAGCCCGGCCCGAAAAAGCCCGACCCGGCCAGGCCCGACGCUGCCCCCGGGUCGGGCUCGGGCCUAGAUUUUGAGCCUGGUGACCGGGCCGGGCCGGGCCCGGGCCUAUCAUUUUUGCAGUUUUCUAAAGGUCGGGCCGGGCCAGCCCGAGGCCUGGCGGACUUUUGCAUGUUUGGGCCAGGCGCGGGCCCAAAAAACAGGCCCGAUGGCCAGGCCGGGCCGGGUUCGGGUCUGGGUUUUUUCGUCGGGCUUGGCUAGGCCCGGCCCGAAGCCCGGCCCGGCCCGAGGUUUGGCCAGGUCUACUUCGAGCAUUGCUUUAUUCAGCGAUGCUACACUUACGCUCAACUCAUAUGAGAUUGUUGUUACGGGAACAUGUGUCAAUAUUUGGUUGGAAGUUGAAAUGAGGAGGACCCCACAGUAAAAAUUAGAGGGCACAAAAAUUGAUUGGGAGAGAGUCCGUAAUAGGAAACCGUGCAAUGCUACCCGUAAGUGUAGCAUUUUUGUUUUUCUACCUUCGACCUUCGUUUCUGAAUAUUCCAAUAUGGACCCGAAGCAUGCCAAGUUGUUUGGUUCGAGACAGUGGUUGAUAUCAUACGGGAGCGUGUGUGUGAUCUUUUUCAGGGAAGUUGAUCGAGAUGUUGCCUCUGUUCAUGAUGAUGUAACAGAGGAAUCUGCUUCUAUGUAGUAUACAUUUGUUUUUGUUUUCCGGGUAA